UCAGGAGAAUGAGCGUGUUGUUGAUAUGGCUGCUGCUCCUGGAGGCAAAACAACUUAUGUUGCUGCGCUGAUGAAAAAUAGUGGUAUUAUUUAUGCAAAUGAGAUGAAGGAGUCAAGGCUUAAAUCGCUCACUGCUAAUUUACAUCGUAUGGGGGUAACAAACACCAUUGUGUGUAACUAUGAUGGAAGAGAGCUGCCUAAAGUUUUGGGUCAGAAUACUGCUGAUAGGAUUUUGCUGGAUGCUCCCUGCAGUGGCACUGGGGUAAUCUCCAAGGAUGAGUCUGUUAAAACUUCCAAAAAUGCUGCUGAUAUACAAAAUUGCUCACAGCUGCAGAAGGAACUGAUACUUGCAGCAAUUGACAUGGUUGAUGCCAACUCAAAAUCAGGUGGAUACAUAGUGUAUUCUACCUGCUCCAUUAUGGUUGACGAGAAUGAAGCAGUUAUAGACUAUGCACUUAAGAAGAGAGAUGUUAAACUUGUGCCAUGUGGACUUGAUUUUGGGAGGCCUGGAUUUAUUCGCUUUAGGCAGCACCGUUUCCACACAUCUUUGGACAAGACUAGGCGAUUCUAUCCUCAUGUUCACAACAUGGAUGGAUUCUUUGUAGCCAAGUUGAAAAAGAUGAGCAAUUCAAAGUCUGCUGCAAAAUCGUCGCUUCAAUCUGAAGAAACACAAGAAGCUGAAACUAUUCAGAGCAGUGACCAGCAGAAGGCUGAAGGGGAUGACAAGCAUAAGGAGCAGAAGGGGAUUGCAAAAGAGAAUGGGAAUAAUGAAGAAGUGGCAGGUGAUAAAAAGAGGAAGAGGAAUGUCCAAAAGCAUUCAGAUAAGAAAGGUGUUGGACAAAACAGUGGUGUAACUAAAAAUGGGAAGGCAGAAAACCAAUUGGUGGCGACAAAAAGGAGGGAAAAGAAGAAACCCCCUCCUAGAGAGGAAAUUGCAAAAACUAGGGAAGAGAAGAGGAAAGCUCUUAGGGAAGCAAAGCGAAAAGCAACAAUGAAGAACAAAGCUUGAAACAAAAGGAGAGGGAGAUCGGUAUGACUUCCGCUGCGGCAUGGGAGGUUUGUUAUAUGCGGAGGAUAUCUUUUUUCAGAGAUGAUGUAAGCGGACACAUAACUAAGAUGUUCUCUGAAGUCUUAGAAAGGUGAAUGUUGUUAAGCUUACCUUGGGCACUAUUAGCAGGUGCCAAGCCAGUUUGGUAAUAUUUUCACCUUUGCUUGAUGACUUUGAGAUAAAGACUGUUGGAAAUGUGUUGUAUGAUUUAGAAAAACGAAAUUAGGAUUCAAGGUUGCACGAAUCCAAAAAUUUUGUAUCCUGCAUUUGAUGUUACACUUUUUUUUUUUUGGAGUGAGCAAUGCAAAUUAUAAAGGGGAAGUACUUUGUAUUCAUUCAGUCAUCACUUUCAAUCAUCAGGUAGAGAUUCUGUCUAUUGUAAUCCUUAGAUGUAUUUUAUUUC